GAGAACUCUCACUGGAGGAUACAACCCGCCGGAUGUGCUCUCUCUGCAGAAGUUGAGUUGUGAUAGACUUGAGCCGCCAGCGUCCACCGUUAACGGACACUCAACCACGCUCUACAAGAAGUCCUGCAAGCGCCCUCCACCCGAAGGAUCUUUUUCCGUUUUUCCAACGUUGCUCUGACACCGUGCGCGUGCCAUGCUUGAGACAUCAGCCCGAAUACGCUGCUAGACCGCCAUUGAGCAACUCGAAAUUUUGUAUCUGAGUGUGCACCGCCAAACCCGUGAUCAUGCAGGCCAUGACGCCCAUCACGCCGUUGGAACCUGGCGUAGAGAUGUUUGAGAGGGGGAAGUCCCGCGACUCUUUUUUCUCUUCGCAUCUCACAAUACGAUCUUCGCUCGAGCGACCGGUCUCGGGGAUAAGUCUCGCAUACACCGACAUCGAAGAUGAUUCCAGCGAAUUUGAGGAGUACAGUGGCUCAUCUAGCGACAACAGGCGAAGCCAAACUACCAUUUCGACUUUCGAGGAAGUGCGAACACCUGGGGAUGACAUAAGACCGCAGUAUGCCGACUGGUACUUCCCUAAAGCUGUGGAGGGCCCAAGGGGUCCCCAUCUCUUCCGUGCUUCUCAAUCCUCAAAUGACUUCGACUACGCUUUGCAGAUGUCCCCCCUGCUUCCCAAAGAUGUAGCAUCCCGCUUCCCAAUAUCUUCCAGAGAGCCCACACCAGCUACGAUCGUUCCGCAACAUGAAUACAACAAUAUCGCAUUUGCUGUUGCGCACCUGGACAACAACGAAGUGCGCGCCUGGAGCUCGCGCGACGUUGCUACCUGGAUGUAUCAGAACGGCUUCGAAGACGACGUAAUCGAUAAAUUUGUAACUCACGACAUCACUGGCGCAGUGUUGUUGGAUCUGCAGUUCGAUGAUCUUAAAGAGUUGGAAAUCCAAUCAUUUGGCAAGAGGCAUCAGCUCUGGCACCAGAUCGAUUCUCUGCGCGCAGCAGACGGCUUGACCUCUCCACUCGCGCCCGCUCCUAUCCCAACGCCAUUCGAAGACAUCGAGCGCCCAUGUACCGAGGCGCGGGAAAGGUCCAAGAGCAAGAACCGUGGUGGCCGCCGUCGGCGCAACCCUGUCGAUGACUUGAUAACGCCCGCAGAGUCUGUUUCAAUUGUUGCUAUUGAGCAACUCUUGCCCAAACCACAUGUUUGUGCGAAAGGAGAGCGAUGUGCUAAGUGGAGGAAACAACAACGUCAGCUAGCCAGACUUCAAGAGGAGCAUGGGUUCCCAAUCUCCCCCGAGAAAGGUGGCAAGAUAUUCAUUGCAGGCGACCCAGGCAACGCCCACAAUGCGCAACGCGCUGUUGAGAAUGUACAUCGCCCAAUUUCUGAUGCGGCGCCGUCAGUGGUCGACCCCUCUGUAGUAGCCUCGUCCGACAUCCUUGGACCUGGUCAGCUUCCGGAGUUCACUCUGCAGGAUCUCCAGAAUCUGCAGCAGUGCGAUCCCCAGGACAAUGUGCGAAACUUCCUGUCACUCCAGGGCAUGGAUCAGCCCUACACGACAGCCACACCGAUCGAGGCACCCCCAACGCCGCCUAUGGACAUGUUCCCUCCCCGCCCACAGUUGAUAAUCCCGCAAGGUCAGAACUAUCCUCAGAUCUCGGCGUUCUCAGCAUCCACCUCAGCCCAUACGAUGAAGUUCGAUCCCGCCACCUUGCCAACCCCUGUCUUGUACUCUCCCGACACCACGCCAGCCCCUCACUCCAAUCUGAGGAGUCUUCCGAAACUCACAAUACCACGUUCCAUGUCUGCCCAGCCUCAAGGUAACCCACGCCAUGCUGUACCACAGAAUUCCUACCUUGCACCAAUCUCCGCGUUUUCGCCAGCCUGUGAGACAGCCAUCACGCCCGGCGGUAUCUACCGAUUCGGUACACCAGCCUCCAUGAUGGACGUUCCGGUGACGGCCGUCCACGUCGAGCCUGUGUCUCGUGACACAAGCCAGUCUGUACCACCGAACAUGCAGUACAAGAUCCAACUCCAGAGGGCUGGAUCACGCAGCGAGCGCCGCCGCCCUUCGCUGACCAUGCCAGCACUUGGCGAAGAUUCUGUAUUCACACCUACAGGUGCUCAUUCUGACGAUGACGCCUACCGUGGAACGCAGUUCUUCGACAACAGCCCAGAAUCGUCGCCCGUGAAGGAGACAGAGCUUGCGAACGUUCAGGAAGCUCAAGAUAGGCUCGCGCCACUUCCAAGCAAGGGAGGCUUCGAGUACAAGGGCAUCAACCACCAUGGCUGGAUGAAGAAGCGCAAGACUAAGAUGCUGCGUCACGAAUGGCAAGAUCACCACUUCCGGCUCAACGGGACGCUGCUGGCCAUGCACCCCAAUGAGCUUCCCUCCUCCUCUGCCCUGCAGACUAUCGAUGUCGACGACUACGCAGUUGCCUGCUCAUCGCUUGCAUCCAACAAGCUGUCUGCCAGGCUUCGCGCUCUCAAGCUCUCAUCCAGCAAGAAGGAGGAAAUCAUGGCCAACCCAUCGGCCUUUGAAUUCCAACUCGUGCCCACCGUUGGCGAGAUGAAGAGGGUCAUGCCACACGGCAAGGUGCACCACUUUGCCACCAAGGGCCGCGACGAGCGCAUCGACUGGAUGCGCGAGCUGAUGCUCGCCAAAGCCUUGAAGGCGAGAAACGAGGGCUACGAGGUCACUGUCAACGGUGCGGGCAUGUGAGCGCACCAACCCAUCAGUUUGUUUUUUUGUUUUACGACAUUUCCUUUUCUGAACACAUCAUGACCGCUAUUAUACCCUUUAAGUAUGUUAUAUCGCUUCUUUGGUUUACACGCAUCUCCUCUUUUUUCAUCAGCAUAGCAUAGCACUUUUCUUACCGCAAAGACUUCGGAGGCGGGCUAGACCGCAAGGUUACAUGGCAGCCUCCGCAUAUAUGUUAGGUAAUAAUGGCAUCUCCGUAGCAUUUGGGGACCGAUACACAAAAGCUGUCGUUACAUUGGUACAGAUUGAACAGUAGAAAUGACGGGCAUACGACAGGCACGGACGGACGGGUGGAUGGAUGAGUGGAAGGAUUAGGUAGAAUGUUGCAAUCAAUCGAAACGAAGGUCUUACGAACAUUCUGUGCCACGCGCUCUGUCACUGCGAUAUCGCCCCCGAGAAGGAAUCCUGUGGUCACACACUUCGUUCUGUGCAC